GUGCUGCUCUGUUGCUCUCUGCUCUGUUUCACUUCUGCUUUUCGGUCCCCGUUUUGGACCUGGGUGUUACACAAGCCUUCCGCUCGUUGCACGCCCUGGUCGCUCUGCUCUGUCAAGCUCAACAUCUGUUCAACAGACUUUUAAAACUAUUUUUUGCUAAUUUUUUUGUACAAUGUGGAAUAUAAAACUCUGCCCUCUAGUGUAAAUAAAAGCAAACUGCACCUGAAAUUCAAAGUUGGUUAUUAGUUAAAGUUGGUUGUUAGUUAAAGACCACAGCAUGAAGGUAUGUAUGGGUUAACUUUAAUCAGAUUUCAUCUUUAUAGAACCCCUGCUUUCCUUUGUAAUGUCAUGCAAUCUCCUCUCUUCCACAGCUGUCCGGAGUAAUCCCCCAAACAUCACCUUGUACCCUGUUUGGGACGGAGAACUCAAUAUUUCUAAUGUCAGACUUGUCUGCGCUUUGAGCGACUACUUUCCCAAGGACCUAACUGUGGAGUGGUACAAGGGGAACCAGCUUCUAACAAGCAAGCAAGAUGUSAGAAAUUUUAUAAGCGCAAAUGAGGAGAACAGAACCUACACUCAAACCACUGAGAUUAUUCCAGACAAGGAAGAAUGGAUGAAAGGAUCAACAUUUAAGUGCAAGUCUAUUCACAAAGACAAAAAUUCAACAGAAACAAUAAACAUYUGUCAGAUCUAUGGAAAAAACACGCCUCCCAUUUAUAUGGAGAUCCCAAACUUCAUGAAAGUGACGACAGAGUCUGAAGUGGAAGCAAAGUGUUCCAUUUCCACUGUGCUUAAUGCCAAUCUGACCUGGGAAAUGGACGGGGUUCCAGUGCAGCAAACAAGCCUAACAAGAAAUGACACGUUUGUAAGCACUACACUGAARGUUCCAUCGGCGAAGUGGGCAAAAACRAAAACAAUUCAGUGUAAAGCUGAACAUCUUUGCUUCUCAGCUACGAAGACCGUUAAUAUUCCAGRGCCUCCAGUUGGACGUCCACAGGUGGAGAUCAGAAGAUCCUUCUCAAAGCUGCAGAAGGGACAAAGUGCCGUCUUCCAGUGUGACGUCUCACAGCUCUCCUCACAGGACCUCUAUGUCACAUUYCAAGUGAACGGAGCUGAUGCUUUGSAAAAGCAUUAUAUCGAUCUUCCUGAAGGAUCCGGCCCUCAUUCAGUCAGUAGAAGUUUCUCUGUUCCUACAGAGUCYUGGAAAAGUGACACAAAUGUCUCGUGCACAGUGACCCAAGGCUACUCCAGCAGUUCCUUCAAGUCAAAUUUGAUGAGCGGAAUUUUUGUGAAGCCCUCUGUGGAAUUCCUGUUGUCCCAAAGAGGAGCAUCAGAUCAACAAACGCUCUUGUGUUCUGGAUGGGGCUUCAACCCACGUAUUAAAUGGCUUAAUGSCUUGRACCAAAUAUCCACAUCAAAUCAUGACACCAGCAUGGAUGCAAAUGGACGCGUUGCCGUGACAAGUCAACUGAAAGUUGAUCAGACACAGUGGAAAUCAGGAAAGGUCUUCACAUGUGAAAUAUCUGACAAAUCUCUGAAUGAAGUUGUCAGAAAGGAAAUCAGUGUCUGCUCAGCUUGUUCAAGCCCACCUCCAAACAUUGAGCUGGACAUUCCACAGACUGUGACGACAGCACCUGUGAAAGCAACAUGCUUGGUUCACACUGCUUUAGAUCCCACAGUCACCUGGCUGAUAGAUGGAAAAAUUCAGAACAAAUAUGCAACGACUCAACUUCGAAACCUGACUCAUUUAGCUGUUGAUGUGACAGUUCCUUCAGGAGAGUGGAAGCAGCUGAAGACCGUAGCGUGUAAAGUAGAACAUAGCUGUUUUUCACCCACUGAAAAGGCAGUAAAUGUAGCAGGGCCUCCAGUUGGACRUCCACAGGUGGAGAUCAGAAGAUCCCUCUCAGAGCGGSAGAAGGGACAAAGUGCCGUMUUCCAGUGUGACGUCUCACAGCUCUCCUCACAGCGCACCUCUGUCACAUUUCAAGUGAACGGAGCUGAUGCUUUGCAAAAAUAUUAUAUUGAUCUUCCUGAAGGAUCCGGCCCUCAUUCAGUCAGUAGAAGUUUCUCUGUUCCURCAGAGUCCUGGAAAAGUGACACAAAUGUCUCUUGCACAGUGACCCAAGGCUACUCCAGCAGUCCCUUCAAGUCAAAUUUGAUCAGCAGAAUUUUUGUGGAACCCUCAGUGGAAGUUCAUCUUGCUCCCAGUAAAGGAUUUGAGCAACAAACACUAGUGUGUUCCGGACGSGGCUUCAACCCACAAAUCAAAUGGUUUAACGGGUCAAAGGAAAUAAACCCACCAAAUCCAGACAUCAGUAUGAAUAACAACGGUCUUGUUGCUGUGAUGAGUCAACUGCAAGUUGGACAUGCAGAGUGGAAAAGAGGAGUGGUAUUUACAUGUGAAGUGUCUGACAGUUCUCUAAAGAAAAAUGUCAAAAAGGAUAUCAGUGUCUGUUCAGUUACRCCAAAAUCUUCUCAUAUGGUUGCCGUCUAUAUUCAGAGACCUAAACUAGAGGAACUCCAAAAGAGAGGACGGGUGACUGUUACAUGUCUUUUUGUUGGGACUAGUCUUUGUGAUUUCUCCAUAAUCUGGAAAGUAGGAGAUCACCAAGCUUCCCCAAKYAAUAUGGAAAAACCUGUGAGUCACARCAACGGAACGGAAACUUUACUCAGCUCCCUCUAUGUGUCAGCAGAGGACUGGCACUCAAAUAAGCAAGUGUCUUGUGAGGGAAAACAUCUGUGUUCCAACAAAAACUAUAUAGACUAUAUCAGCAAAAGUACAGAUCUGUAUCAGCCAGUUCUGAGGAUAGUGGAACCAACUUUUGAUGAGCUGUAUACAUCUGACAGCGUCACGCUUACUUGCUUAGUUUCAGCAUUUUUUCCAUCUGACAUCAUUGUUCAGUGGAGAGAAAAUGGCCAACAACUCCCAGCAUCUCACUAUAUUAACAGUCCUUCUUGGAAAGAUCCGGGAGCACGCUAUUUUUCAAUGAGGAGCAGACUAAAUGUAACUAAGGCUGAGAACAAUAACUCRACUUACUCUUGUGUCGUCAGACAUGAAUCCUCUGAGACUCCAUUUGAAACCAGUAUAAGUGACGUGUUUGCCACUGUGAGGUACACCAAACCCUCAGCCGUCUUGCUCCAGGGAGAGAACGAGCUCAUGUGUCUGGUCUCGGGCUUCAACCCAAAAUCCAUCAAUAUCACUUGGUUCCGCAGUGAAACCACAGAGCUGUCGGACUACAACAUAACYGAGCCCUACAUAGGCCCAGAUAGGAAAUUUAACAUUCUUAGCCGCCUUCGCCUUGCACCAAUUGACACCUUACCUGGCGUGGUUAUCACCUGUCGGGUGACACAUGAAGGCGCCACCGUCUCAGUAAACAUAUCCGAAACAGACACACUGGAGAACUGUAACUUCUUUGAUGCUAUCAAAGACACUGAUGUCAGUCAAGAUACAAUGAAGGAAACCUGGACUAUGGCAUUAACUUUCCUCUGCUUUUUCCUCUUCACCAUCAUCUUUUCUCUUGUUGUCCUCAUCAUUAAGACAAAAUAGUGACAAUCAGAAGACAUUUKACUUUUUUUCUKUUUGGUGUGCAUAGAGUGGCUCAUUAUAUUUUGUUUUGCUAUUUUUUUCCUUUUGUGUUCUUUGUUCUAGUUUAUAGCAAAUAUUUUUGGAGAAUUAUCGUGUUUCUCUUAUGUAUUUGGUGUGAGAUGUAAAUGCUUUACAGAUAAAUAAAAUUAAUGAUACUACCGUG